AAGGGAUCAAAGCUCUGCUUUUGUUUUUGGCCGCUGCUGCUUUGGAUUUCUUGAAGAUUAUUGCUGUUUUGCUGCUUUGCUUUGUUCAGACCGAAUUGUCGUUGUUAGUUUGCAUAUCUUCCUUGUCUUGCUGUGACUCCUUCUUCGCCAUGUCGCGCGUCUAGUUCUGUUCACUUCCUCGACUUCUCUUCCUCACCUCCCCAUCUGCUAUCGUCAACACCCAACCGCGAUGGUCGAAGUCGCCGGCGACCGUCUGGCUGACGUUCCAGCAACGCAGCAAGCCAACUCUCGCAACCCUUCGCGCUUCCUCUCCAUCGCCUCCUCAAACUUCUUUGCCUUCGACACCCCGCUGUCCUCGCCCUCCAAGUCCUCAAUCUCCGCCGCCGGCACCCUUCUCCCACCCGCCUCCGUCAACGAGAAGCAGCCCCGGAAAUACUCCCGCCCGUCCAGUCUCCGCAGCGUGGGUUCCUCCACACAAGUCACCUCUGUCGUCACGGCCACCGGCAGCACUGCCUCCUCGCCCUCCACGCCAUACUUCCCUUCCUCCUCCUCCUCCUCCUCUUCCUCCGCCGCCGGUCUCCUACCCUCCUCCUUUGUCUCGGCCUCUGUCCCCAUCCCAAGACCAGCCAGCGCCGGCCGCAAGCCGCAAAACUACAAAACAAUCACCCCUGCUGACCCACCCGUGGCCCCGGCUUCGACAUGGUCGCUGCGAAACAGCGAGCGGUACGGAACCUCGGAAGACGCUUCCGUCGUGACGGGCGAGCGCACGCAGAGGGAGGUUAUCAUCAACGUCUAUGAUAUGCUGCAGGAUAUCAAGCUUGCGCCUGUCUUGUGGACCUUGGGAGUCGGCGUUUAUCACUCUGCUGUCGAGGUCGAUGGACGAGAGUACGCUUACGGAGGGCACGAAGAACCUGGCAUCUCGGGUGUCUACUACUCCAAACCACAGACACCUCUCCCCGGCAACAUCGUCUGCAAGACACACAUCGUCCACGGCUACACGACCUACACGCCCGGCGAAGUGCACGCGAUAAUCAACGACCUGAGCCUAGAGUACAUGGGCACGAGCUACAACCUCCUCUCCAAGAACUGCAACCACUUUACAAACUCGCUCCUCAUGCGCCUGACAAACACGCCCGCGCCCGCGUGGCUCAACCGCGCGACAGUCAUCGGCCUCGCGGUGCCGUGCAUCAUCCCGCAAAACUACAUCAAGCCGCCGGAAUGCACCGUCACCCCGCGCUCGUCCUCGGCCUCGUUCAAUUUAUCACAGUCCCGCAGCGAAAAAUCGUAUGACCAGAUGUCGGUCGCGCAGCCGUCCGCGUCCCUGCUCAUGCUCCCUCACUGGUUGCGCAAACGUCCUACCGAACAAUCCUUACUUCCCCCUUCUCGAGCAUCCAAAACCGAGAUCGUGAAGAGCCCAAAGGGUAACGACGAAGACUCGUACCUGAUCAGCACGCGAUACCUAGACGACGACGAAAAAGACAAAUUCUGCGACGACGACGACGAUAAUAACGAAGACUUCGCCGUCAGCGACUCCGAAAUCACAACCUUGCUCGCUGCUGAUGAGAAAUCCGCAAUGAUCCCCGGUAGCAGACGCAGCACGUCUGCUCACCGUGGCGGCGUCGUUUACGAAAAGACUUCGCGGAUCACAGAUUACGCCGCGCUCAGCCAUUCUUCGCCCGCGUCCUCGCCGUCGUCAUCGAGCGGCGCCGCAAAGCGGCAUGACCAGCAGCAGCAGCAAGCCGGCAACAACCAAAGCUACUACGACGAGAGCAGGAACGGAAAUGAGAGUCCCGGUGCGUUCAGUCGGUUUUUGAGCGAAUCCGUGUCUUUCCUGGGGUGGUCCUACUCGAGCCGGUAGUCUUUUGACAUACAUAUAUACACUCAACACAUUCGAAACGCCGGCUCAAGUCUGAGAACUCAUAUCGUCUUGCGUGUGCAUUAUGGCGGGUGUAGAGAGCGCCUGGCUUAGAAAAAAGCGUAUAUGAAAAUCAACGGCAUAGAGAGUAUACACAUCUCUCGUUUAUAGACUUACAUGGCGAAAAGUAUGCUUUGUCUUUUUCUUUUAUUUCUUUCUUACUCUUCUAUAUUUUCUUCUAUACGUUUUACGUUUAUCAUAUUUGACAAAAUUCAUAGUGGUGUGGUUGUGGGCUUCAUUUUAUUAUCUAGGUGUUUGAAUCUAGAAGGAGUAGUAAGGGGAUUAUAGUGUUUAUAUAAGGAUCGAAGGGGAGGGGUGUUGGUUAAUGCUUUUGAAUGUAAAUACUUAGAUUAAGGUAUUUAUGAAUAACUAAU